UUGCCAUGAUCAAUCAGCCAUAGGUGAUCAACAUCGCUCAAACACAGGUAAAACUCGAUCAAAAUGCCAUCCGACGACCCCCACCGUCGUCAACGGUUUUACCUUCGCGAUGAAGUCUUCGUAAACAACGCGGCCGAUCGUGCGUGGGUUAUCAUCCAUGGGAACGUCUUCGACAUUACGCCUCUGUUCGAUGGAAAUUUAACCAGUUCGGCGCCGAAAAAGCUGUAUCUGCUGCUGCUAGGCUUUGCCGGGAAAGAUUUGAGCGCGCACUUUGAUCGAAAAGGCAGACCUGUCUAUCGGAUUAGCAAGGAUGGCGUCCGGGUGCCGGAGUUUCCACCGGUUUUGAUCAGAAACGGAUCGACGGGGAAGUGUUGGUGGGAUGAUAGGGGCAUGAUCGUAGGGAAGAUUACCGCUCAGGAGAGGAAAAUUCGAGUGAUCAAUAAUCUUACGUUCCAAAUUCAGGAAAUCAGCGUAUGUGAAGAGGACACAAUUGAAGACAUUCAGGAGCGCUUCCAUCGGUUUAAUGAAAAUGCGAAGAACUACACCUGGAGAACCAGAGUUGAAAAGUGUGAUCCAACCGCAGAUUUACGACCUGAUAAAACCUUAACUGAAAAUGGCAUCAUCCACGAUCGUUACCCACCCCCACCGAUGAUUUGGAUCUUUUACCAAAUUCCCUCAAACCAUUCCGAGCAAAACAUAGAAAACAACGCCAAACAAUAACGUAGCCAAAAGAUGCACUCCGCCGGAAGCAUGUGGCUGCUACCACGCGCCCUGGUAGUCUCUCCGAUGAAAAACAAAAGACCACCAAGUAAUUGGGUGAAUGCCGGAUGGACAACGAACUUGAAGUAAGUGGUAGUCGUUGCGUGUUGACGAGUGAGUGCGAGUACGAGGGAAAACUGUCUCAAAAUUAAAAUAUAAUAGACAUUCCAGAAAUUCUUUCACCAGGUCUCUUCCUCUCAGUUUUGUUGGAAAGCUGAUGCCAGCUCGAUUUCGUUUGCUUUGUUAUUCAUUGGAAUUUGUUCUC